CCUGUGUGUAAACAAGACAGGUCUCUCUCCUGCCAGCAAGCACAUGCUGCUGUGUAUUUCUCUGCACAGCACAGAAAUACACAGCAGCAUGUUUCCCUAAUAAAACACACACACGGCACAUAAUCACACAGUAAAACAGCACACAGUUAACCCUUUGAUCACCCCAGAUGUUAACCCCUUCAUGCCCAGUGUCAUUAGUAAAGUGUCAGUGCUUUUUAUUAGCACUGAUCACUGUAUUGGUGUCAAUGGGAUGUCAGUGACACCAAGUCAAUUCCCCCCAGUGUCAGAAUGCCUUCCGCAGUCCCCC